GUUGUGAAAACUCUUGCUAAAAAUAAUUUGGCAUUUCGUGGGAAAAAUGAACGAAUUUAUCGAGAGAAUAAUGGGAUUUUUUUAAGUUUUAUUGAAAUGAUAGCACAAUUUGAUCCAAUAAUGAAAGAACAUAUUCGACGUUUUCAACAAAAUGAUACGUCAGGAGAAGGACUUCUUAAUGAAUUAAUAAAUGUCAUACAAAAAUUUGAACUUGGUAAUGAGAAUAUAAGAUGGCAAGGAUAUGAUAAUAGAUUUAAUAUGAAAUGA